GAGCGAUCAGCUGAGCGCUCUCACCCCCGCUGGGGGUCGGUUUAUGUAGCUGGCCGCUUGUGCGCUGCCCUGAGAUUAGGCGCCCGGGGGAGACAUUCUUGUAGCCACGCUGAUUGCCUGGGCCGGGCUGCUCCCAGCUCGGGUCAAUCACGGGCUCAGCAGUCCCGCUUGCCUGACAAGGCCAAGCCGAGGUAGGACUGAAGCCCUCCAUUGAGCUCGAGGGGGCUGGUUUCUGGGCCCGUGCGCUGAACGCGCCGCUUGCUGCUCGGGGGGGGGACGCGGAGGCGCGGCCCGGAUUGGAAGCUGGGUCCCUCUCCAGCGGCAGCGCUCCGCACCCGUGCGGCUGGGCGGGGCCGGGCUUCGAGCCAGCCCAGCAUCGCCGCCGCUCAAAGCGCUGAAUGAAAAGUGUGUCGCGGCUGAGGCUGCUCCCCAGCGGCCCCUCCUCGCGGAGGGCUGGGUUCCAGCGAGUUACCCACACACGUGCGGCGCUGAUCCCGCCGUCUCCGCGGCCCUCCCUCGGGUGGGGCUGGUGUUCGCCCCCGCUCAGGAGCGCCUUUCGAUGGCAUUAAUCCGGAGCAGUAAUCAGGCGCUUCCUGGAACACGUCUCCGGGGGCAGAUAAUCCCGGGCCAAGCUGUCCCGAGAGGAGAUUGCCUCGCCCGGGGGCUGGAUCAGCCGGCUGCCGCGGAUCAGCGGGGUCAGUUCUGAGCAGGCGAGUCUCGCAGGCAUGAGGGGCUGCUGGGGGAGCAGCGAGCGAGCUCCCGCUAAGCGGCUUAGCCCCCGGCAGAUGUUGUCAGGCUCCCAGCCAGCCCCGAUCAUUGGCGGAGAGAGAGGCCGAGAGGUCCGGGAAACACCUCUAGCUCGGGGGGAAGAGGAGGGGGCUUGCACUGGUGACUGGCACCCUCCGCCUUGCACUAUGCGGGGGGAGUGAAGAGUUGCACGGCGGCGUCUCGCCUCAGCAGGGGAGCUCCAGACCCCCGCUGAGGGGAGCUUGGCAGCUGGAGUGGAGGGAGUUUGUCUCCGAUCGCCCCCUUCCUCCUCCUCCUCUCACACCCUCUGCUGCUCUUGCUGCCAGGCUGGGGCAGCGCUUGCCGGUGGUCUAGCGGGAGAUGGCGAAAAUCAGGGUGUCUUACGAGUACACAGAAGCCGAAGACAAAAGCAUCCGGCUCGGCUUGUUCCUGAUCGUCUCCGGCAUCGUGUCGCUCUUCAUCCUGGGUUUCUGCUGGCUCAACCCCGCUUUGCAAGAUUUGCAAGGCAAAGCUGCCAACUGCACGGUGCUCUCGGUGCAACAGAUCGGGGAGAUGUUUGAAUGCACGUUCACGUGUGGCACGGAUUGCAAGGGCACCUCGCUGUACCCCUGCCUCCAGAUCUACGUCAACAACUCCGAGUCCAACUCCAGGGCGCUGCUGCACCAGGACGAGCACCAGCUCAUCACCAACCCUAAGUGUUCAUACAUUCCUCCCUGUGAAAGAGAAAAUCAGAAGAAUUCUGAAAUUGUCACUCACUGGCAGGAAUACUGGAAAGUGGAAGUGGGUUCACAGCCAUUUACGUGUUAUUUUAACGAGCAUCUAAGACCAGAUGAUGUGCUGCUUAGGCGUACCCACGAUGAGACGGUCCUCUUGCAUUGCUUUCUCUGGCCUCUGGUUACUUUCCUGGUAGGAGUCCUAAUUGUGGUCUUGACAAUCUGUGCAAAGAGCUUGGCCAUCAAAGCAGAGGCAAUAAAAAAGAGGAAACACUCAUAAAUGGAAAAGUCACUGAAGGAAAAGGAAAAAGUUGUAAGAAAGUCGAAAGUGGCAAGUUCAACAUACCUGCACCUCUAGUGCACCCAGACAUGCCCGUUGCCAGGGUCUUAUCGGGCUUUGGUGUUGCUGAUGCCUGAGGAUUAUUCUUGGGGACAGCUUUAUGAAAUAUCAACUAAUUGCUUCUUCUGCUAUGACAGUAAACAAGAAUAUUCCACCAAAAGAUUCUAAACUGCACCAAAUAUGCUGUACUGUAUUAGACUAAACUUGAACAAUGGCUAAUUUAUCCAGGUCUUAGAUGUACUGAGGGACAAUAUCAGAAAACCUGAAAGGUGGUGAAUUUCAUCUUUGCAAAACAAUCUUUGUUGUUAGUAUUUGGUAUUAGAUAUUUAAAAUAUUAUAUACUUUAUCAUAGACCGUAUUUCUGAAAUAAUAAAGGAUGGUGGUUUUGGUUUUUACCUUUGUUCAGUUCAGUUUUUUUAAUGUAAAGUUCUAAAGUAACAUAUUCCACUGAUUUUAUUUUUCUUCACUGUACUGGAGAGUUUCAUUUUGAAAUUGACAUUUUAAUUUGGGUGUAGACAAAAUUCUUCUUUCAUCCUCAGUUUUUUAUCUUGCAAAAUAUUAAGAUCCCUGAGGAAUUUUUCUCUUGUAACUGGAAAACAAAUAACUGAUUUUUAUUUGAAAGAGGAAAACAGUGCUGGGAAUAAUCCUAUUGACUCAAUAGCAUUCAGUCCUUAGCAGAUCUGUAGUAUUCUGUGAGUUAUCCUAUUAGCGUUAUCGGCUUCACAAAGUGGUGAUAUAAACCACACACACAUUAUUUUGUAGUAGAGAUCCCACUAAGAUGCUGUGUGACACUUCUAAUCACAUACACCUCUACCCCGAUAUAACGCGACCUGAUAUAACACAAAUUCUGAUAUAACGCGGUAAAG